AUGGGUGCUGAACCCUCAGUUCACGACGUGGACAUCAAAGCUGAUGCGUUGAGCCAUGUCGAAGAUGCAGCCCCAGACUACGCUCGCAACAUCUAUGCCAAAAUCCGCAACCCUCUUGCCGGUAUUUCAAGAGAUGACCUUAGAUUUCACGUAUCUUCCUUUUGCCAGGAAUACAACCUCGUUGAGAAGGAAGACGUUUUCUUUCGUGGGGCCCUCGUAGCUCAAUCCCCAGAGGACUACAACUCAAUUCCCGAACUCAGCGAUGACGAAAGGCACUGGUUAGCAAAGGAGACAACCCACAGAUGGCAUCUCCCCAAAGCACUAUACUACACCAUUGCGCUCUGCUCACUGGGCUCCGCCAUCCAGGGAUGGGACAACACCGGCGCCAACGGAGCAAAUCUCUCGUUCCCCAAAGAAUUUGGCAUCGAGCAUAACAGCUGGCUGAUUGGGUGCAUCAACGCCGCACCAACCUUGUUUGGCUUGUGCAGCUCAUGGGCGGCCGAUCCGGUUAACAACUUGCUUGGUCGACGAGGCACCGUCUUUCUAACCGGCCUAUUUUGUAUCUUUCCCGUACUGGGGCAGGGAUUUACACGGAAUUGGUGGGAGUUGUUGAUAUGCAGACUGCUCAUGGGCUUGGGCAUGGGCAUUAAGAUCUCGACUAUUCCGGUGUACACUGCUGAGGUAUCUCCUGCUUCGAUUCGAGGUGGUCUUGUGACUAGCUUUCAGAUGUGGGUAUCUUUUGGCAUGUUUAUAGGGUAUGCUACCAAUCUUAUUUUCUACAAGGUUGGAAGGUUGGCAUGGCGGUUUCAACUGGCUGCUGCUUUUGCGCCUGCUAUCCCUGUUGUGAUUUGGGUUUGGUACUGUCCUGAGUCACCCCGUUGGUUGAUGAAAAAGGGCCGUUACCUCGAGUCCUUCAAGUCCUUCUGCAGGCUACGAAAUACCGAGCUCCAGGCCGCUAGAGACUUGUACUAUGCUCACUGUCAAGUCAUGGAAGAGCGCGACGCCUUCGCAGGUGCAUCUUUCCUUAGCAGAGCGUGGGAAUUGGUUGCUGUUCCUCGUUUGCGUCGCGCCACGGUUGCGAGUGCUUGGAUUGUCAUCAGUCAGCAGUUUUCGGGAAUCAAUAUUAUGGCAUUCUACAGCUCCACCAUUUUCGCCAAUGCAGGCUACUCUGUGCUCAGCAGUCUUCUUGCCUCUCUCGGUUUCGGUAUCGUUCUUUUCGUAUUUGCUUUCCCGGCAAUAUACACAAUGGAUACGUACGGUCGUAGAAAUCUGCUUCUCAUUACGUUCCCGAAUAUGGCGUGGUGUCUCCUAGCCGCUGGCCUGUGUUUCCUCUUGCCCACCGACUCUGGCGCGAGGAUUCCAUUGAUUGCUCUUUUUAUUUACAUCUUUACGGCAUUCUAUGGACCCGGUAUGGGACCAUUGCCAUCAAUCUACUUCUCGGAGGCAUUCCCCCUGUCCCACCGGGAACUAGGAGCCGGCAUGACCAUUUGCAUAAACAACGCUGUCGGCAGUGCAUUGAGUCUCACGUUUCCUUCCUUGUUAGAUAAAAUCACUCCAACUGGCGCGUUUGGCUUCUACGCAGGUCUCAAUGUUUUGGCGUUCCUAGUAAUUUUCCUCAUCGUCCCCGAGACUAAGAAACGGACCCUCGAAGAGUUGGAUUACAUUUUCAGCGUUCCCACACGAAGACACAUUUCAUAUCAGCUGGGAACUUGGCUUCCGUGGUGGUUCAAGAGAUACGUGUUGUUUAAUCGAAAGGCUCAGCUCGAGCCUCUUUAUGCUCUUCAGGGUGUCACCGAUACUUGA